GAGCCUGUGCUUGUUGUUUGAAGCCCUCCGGUGCAGAGGGGGCGCUGUCGGUCAGUGUCUGGAGCCGGGGCAGUUAGUGUGAGAGUCUGGGCUGUUCACCACCUGACUGAUAGAGACCAGGGGCGCCAUGGUGUUUGAGGCGCUGGUGGCUGAGCUCCUCAACCGGGGCCUGGGGGAUUAUGUGGAGAAUCUGGACAAGUCCCAGCUCAAACUGGGAAUUUGGGGAGGAAAUGUGGUCCUUGAUAACUUGAAAAUUAAAGAAAAUGCUCUAAAUGAUUUGGAUGUCCCUUUCAAAGUCAAGGCUGGACAAAUAGACAAGCUCACUUUGAAGAUCCCUUGGAAGAAUCUGUAUAGUGAAGCCGUGGUUGCCAGUCUGGAUGGUUUGAACCUUCUGGUUGUUCCGGAAGGAAGUCACUCCCAGCAGUUUCCUGGACAUUAAUCUUCAAUUUCUGAAGACUCCAGGAUAAUCAUUAUGAGUAGGGAAGUUUACUUAAGAUCAAAGGAAUGAAG